AUGGCGUCGUUUUAUACGAACGCUCCAGCCCCGAGCGGUUUGCUCCACAAAACCAACGAUCAUGGCGCCGAGAGAUAUUCACCUGGACUCAACAUUGUCAUUAUUGGUGCCGGUAUUGGUGGACUUACCGCGGCCAUUUACCUGCGGUACCAAGGGCACGCAGUGACGGUGUUGGAGCAGCCUCAUUCCACGAACGACACCGCCACCGUUCUGCAUCUAACGCCCAACUCGAAUGGACUGCUGAGGCGCAUCGGGAUCUUCGCCGAACAUCUUGACGCCAACUCUGUGGAAAGUGUGAGUGCAGACGAGGAAGAGAUGAGGACCGAGACUGCUGACAAGUAUACGGCAACCACAAUGCAGAUUAGCGAGUAUGAUGCAAACAACCGGCUGCUACGAAACACCGACCUGACCGACUCUAAUACACUCUGGCUGCAUCCCUGGCAUUUAGUAAAUCGUGCACGUCUCCAUGAGGAACUAAAUCGUCGCGCUACUUCUCUCGAGGGAGAGGGCGUGCCGGUCAUUAUCAGAAGGUGCAGUUGUGUUGCUGAUAUCGAUGCUACCUCUGGCACUGCUCUGUUGGAGAACGGAGAAAGAGUACAAGGCGAGGUUCUGAUCGGGGCCGACGGGAUACAUUCUAAAGCUCGCCCCAAAGUCCCAGGAGGAGACAUUGGCACGAAAGCAUCGGGAAAGAGCGCGUUCUGCUUUCAGGUUCCUCGACAAGUGGCCAUGGAUGACGUACUGACGCGAGAAUACGCCGAGAAAGACGGUCAGUGGCAUUUCACGGGCAUGCGGAAGGAAGGGGAAGAGAAAGCUUACAUCCAAGCAGAGUGGAUCAUCAAGGCCGACAAGGCCAAACUAAUUGAUGUCUAUAAGGAUUUUGACCCGUCGCUUGUGGCACUGAUGGGCAAGGCUGAGACAGAGACAUUCGAUGCUUGGGAGCUCUUGGACCUGGGUGUGCUCCCGACCUGGGUCCACAAACGCUUGGCGCUCCUGGGCGAUGCCGCCCAUCCAUUCUUCGCUGAUCAGAGCCAGGGGGCAGGAUGCGCCAUCGAGGAUGCUGUCGCCCUGGCUGUCGUUCUGCAACACGGUAUCACGGCGGGAGAGGUGCCGGAAAGACUGCGCCUAUACGAGAAGAUUCGCAAAGAGCGCGCCAACCGAGUACAGGAAUAUUUGCGAUUGGCAGGGCGAGAUCUGAGAAAUAAGGGACUAGAGUUGGGUCUCUACUGGAGAAUGCCCGUCUCCUUCGGACCCUUUCCGGGUCCUCGUCAGACAUUUGAGGGCCGGCCCAGGAGCUCCGCGCAGUCCACAUUCACAAUUGCUUCGAUCAAGUUCAAGACAUCUCGUACUAUUCUCGAGAACCUCUUCCCGUCGUCCUCGUUCCGAUUUAAGAGUCCUGGUACGGUAGCUUAUGCCAGCUUCUCCCAGACAACCCUUGACAAGAUGGAGUGGCUUGGUGGUUCUGGCUAUAGAUACUUUGGGCUCUACAUCCACGGCGUAGAGUACGUUCAGAAUGACGGUCAAGUGCUCGAAGGCACCUUCUUGCCAAUUCUAUUCGAGGAUUUAACAGACCCGAUCAUCAGUGGGCGGGAGGAACUAGGCAUACCGAAACUAUACUGCUCAAUCGACCUGUGGAGGCGCAACUCUAGUUACUGGAUCCAAGCGGGAUGGCAGGGUGCUAGCUUUGGCAAAUUCGCCCUAGAUGGCUUGAGGGAGGUGAGCCUGGGAGACGAUAAGGGGACUAUCGGAGGUGAGGACGACCACGGCAUCUUCUCAUAUAAGUACGUUCCUGCCGUUGGACAGCGUGGCAAAGCGGACGUUGAGUAUGCGAUAUUUGUGCCGCAUGCCGAAGAGGCAAAAGCUGUCGAGAGCAAGGUGCAGAAAGUUUAUAAGGCCGACAGAGCGUCGGUGUCUCUGGACCCUCUUCAUUGGGAAGCGCUGCCAACCUUGUACCAUAUAGUCUCAAGAUUGGCCGAGAUUCCUGUCUAUGAGGUUGUAGAGGCAAAAGUUGUUGAGGGUGUUGGCGUGCCUAAUUUCUCUAGUGCUAGAAGGAUCGACUAA